GGUUCUGGGCUGGGCCGGGCGCCCGUAGAGGGAGGCUGAGGCCGCUGCGGAGAAGCAGGAGACAUGGCGGGGCCCGAGAAAGAGCAGCGCUGGAUCCCACGAAUCUUCAAGAAGAAAACGUGCACGACGUUUGUGGCGGACCUCAGCGAGCCGGGGGGCAGUCGGUGCCAGUGCGGUCGGCCCCGGGGGUCGCACCCGGCGGUGGCUGUGGAAGACGCCUUCGGGGCUGCUGUGGUCACGGUGUGGGACGCGGCCAUCCACACCACGGAGAAGCCCACGGACGCCUACGGAGACCUGGACUUCCACGGCGCGGGCCGCGGCUUCAGCAAGUUCCUCAGGCUGUCUGACCGCACAGACCCAGCAGCAGCCUAUGCCCUGGUCACCCGCACCUGGGGCUUCCCGGCCCCCAACCUCGUGGUGUCUGUGCUGGGGGGCUCCGCGGGGUCCGUGCUGCAGCCCUGGCUCAGGGACCUGCUUCGCAGAGGGCUGGUGAGGGCUGCCCACAGCACCGGGGCCUGGAUUGUGACCAGUGGGCUCCACACUGGCAUCGGUCGCCAUGUGGGGGAGGCCGUGCGGGACCACAACAUGGCGGGCACCGGCUCCACCAAGGUUGUGGCCAUGGGUGUGGCUCCCUGGGGUGUCGUCAGGAGCCGGGAGGCCCUAGUCAGCCCCAAGGGCCUCUUCCCUGCUCUCUACCCUUGGCGUGGAAGCCUUAAAGACGGAGACCAGUGCCCGCUGGACUACAACUACUCUGCCUUCUUUCUGGUGGACGAUGGGACUCACGGGCGCUUUGGGGGCGAGACGCUUUUCCAGGCCCGGCUGGAGUCCUACAUCUCCCAGCAAAAGACUGGGGUUGGAGGGACAGGAAUCGACAUCCCCGUCCUCCUUCUCCUUAUCGAUGGAAAUGAAAAGAUGUUGCAGAGGGUAGAAGAUGCCACCCAGGCUCAGCUGCCCUGCCUGCUGGUGGCAGGUUCUGGGGGUGCCGCCGACUGUCUUGCUGAGACGUUGGAGGAAGCCCUGGCAGUGAGGGGCUCCUCCUCCUCCUUUGGCAGUGAUCGGAUCCGGCGCUUCUUUCCCAAGGGUGACCUUGAGGCCCUCGGGGCUCAGAUAGAGAGGAUCAUGAGUCGGCGGGAGAUGCUGACUGUGUAUUCAGCCGAGGACGGUCCGGAGGAGUUUGAGACGGUGGUGCUGAGGGCUCUGGUGAAGGCCUGCGGCACCUCAGAGGCAUCUGCGUACAUGGAUGAGUUACGGCUGGCCGUGGCCUGGAACCGUGUGGACAUUGCACAGAGCGAGAUAUUCCGAGGGGACAUCCAGUGGCGGUCUUCACACCUCGAGGUCUCCCUUAUGGAUGCUCUUGUAAAUGACCAGCCAGAGUUUGUGCGCCUCCUCAUCUCCCGGGGGCUCAGUCUUGGGCAUUUUCUGAAUCCAGCCCGGCUUGCCCAGCUCUAUACAACUGCUCUCUCAGGCUCGAUGGUCCGACACCUUCUGGACCGUGUAGCCCCAGGACCUGGGGCUGUUGGAGGCCACAAGGAGACCUCUGCUCCUGGUGUUCUCCCAGCCUCACCGCUCCGAGAAGUGCGACUGCAGGAUGUGGGGCGGCUUCUUCGUGAGCUGCUUGGGGUCUCCUGUGCCCCUAAGUACCAAGCACGGACUCCUGUGGACAAAUUGGAGCCGGAGGCUGACGGGGACCAUCGAGAGAGUAUGUGCCUCCUGAUGGAUCCUACAUCAGAUGCCACCUUCGGGCAGGCUCCCUGGAUUGAUUUGCUGAUUUGGGCACUGCUUUUGAAUCGGGCUCAGAUGGCUGUGUACUUCUGGGAGAUGGGUAGUAACUCAGUGGCUUCUGCCCUGGGUUCCUGCUUCCUGCUUCGAGUCUUGGCCCGUUUGGAAACUGAGGCUGAUGAGGCUGCCAAGCGAAAGGAGCUGGCAGUGAGAUUUGAAGGGCUUGCCAUGGGUCUGUUUUCAGAGUGUCACCAAAGUAGUGAGUCCCGAGCCACCCGCCUGCUCCUGCGCAGGUCCCAACUUUGGGGGGGUGCUACCUGCCUCCAUUUGGCAACACAAGCUGAUGCCAGGGCCUUCUUCGCACAGGAUGGGGUGCAGUCCCUGCUGACGGAGAAGUGGUGGGGAGACAUGGAUAGCAGCACCCCCAUUUGGGCCCUGGUCCUCACCUUCUUCUGCCCCCCGCUCAUCUACACCAGCCUCAUCACUUUUCGACCCCUGGAUGAGGAGGCGCUGAGAAAGGAGCAGUGGGAGCCGGAUGUGGACGGAGUCAAUGGCGACAGCUCCGGGCUGAUGAACAAGCUGAGCCCGAGGACGCAGACCCGGGAUGGCGGCGGCUGGGACAGAGGGCGGCAGAACCGAUGCCUGCGGCGCUGGUGCCAGUUCUGGGGGGCGCCCGUGACGGUCUUCCUGGGCAACGUGGUCAGCUACCUGCUGUUCCUCCUGCUCUUUGCCCACGUGCUGCUGCUGGACAUCCAGCCCGCGCCGCCCACCGCCAUCGAGUUCCUGCUCUACGUGUGGGUCUUCACCUUGCUGUGCGAGGAGCUGAGGCAGGGUCUGUCGGGGGGCUGGGGGAGCCUCGGGGCCGGAGCCCCCCACGGGCCCGGGAAGACGCCGCUCCGCAGGCGGCUGCGCUACUACUUGGCCGACACCUGGAACCAGUGUGACCUGGUGGCCCUCGGCUUCUUCCUGCUGGGCAUCAGCUGCCGGCUCACGCCGGGGCUGUACCAGCCGGGCCGGGCUGUGCUCUGUCUGGACUUCAUGGUCUUUACCCUCCGCCUGCUCCACAUCUUCACGGUCAACAAGCAGCUCGGACCCAAGAUCGUGAUCGUGAACAAGAUGAUGAAGGACGUCUUCUUCUUCCUCUUCUUCCUGGGCGUGUGGCUCGUGGCCUACGGCGUGGCCACCGAGGGGCUGCUGCGGCCCCAGGACCGGGACCUGCCGGCCAUCCUGAGGCGCGUCUUCUACCGGCCCUACCUGCAGAUCUUCGGACAGGUGCCGCAGGGAGACAUGGACGUGACCCUGAUGCAGCUGGAGAACUGCUCGUCGGAGCUGGGCACGUGGGCUCAGCCGCCCGGGAUGCCCGCCGGCUCCUGCGUCUCCGUCUACGCCAACUGGCUGGUGCUGCUGCUGCUCGUCGUCUUCCUGCUCGUGGCCAAUGUGCUGCUGCUCAACCUGCUCAUCGCCAUGUUCAGCCACACCUUCGGCAAGGUCCAGGGGAACAGCGACCUGUACUGGAAGUCUCAGCGCUACGGCCUCAUCCGCGAGUUCCACAGCCGCCCGCCGCUGCCGCCGCCCCUCAUCGUGGUCUCCCACCUCCUGCUCCUCGUGGACCGCCUGGGGCGCAACAGGCGGUGCCGGGGGCGGAGGGCCGCCCCCUCGGAGGACUUCCGAUUUCAGCUGUCCCACAAGGCGGAGCGGGCGCUGCUGACGUGGGAGUCGGUGCAGAAGGAGAACUUCCUCCUCGGCCAGGCCCGCGACAAGAGGGAGAGCGAUUCGGAGAGGCUCCGGAGGACGUCCCAGAAGGUCGACACGGCCCUGAAGCAGCUGAGUCAGAUCCGGACUUACGAGCAUCGCCUGGUGGGGCUGGAGCAGGAGGUCCGCCGCUGCAACCAGCUGCUGGGCCAGGUGGUGGAGGCCCUGAGCCGCUCGGAGCUGAUCCCGCCCGAGAAGCCGCCCCGCUCUCCCCCGACAGAAUGAGCCCGUAGGGUGCCACACCGAGAGACUCCCCUCCCCUGGAAACACAGGAAGUGGGGCCCCCUCUCCGCCCCCCCCCCCAGCACCGCCAUCAGGCGCCUCCUCCGGGCCUCCAGUCCUGAGGGACCCUUCCGGGCCUGGGGGCUCCACGAGGGACCUUUCGCUGUCCCUGGGCAGGCGGCCAUCACACGUCCCCCCACCUCAUUCCCAGGGUCCAAUUUCAAAGGAUCCCUGCCCAGGCCAAGGGUCAGCUCUGAGGAGGAGAGCCAGGACUCAGGCCACCCACUGGCUGUAGGGAUCACCUCAGGGAACCAGGCCUGGGCCAGGGCCCAGGAUUCUGCCUCCCAGCGCCUCAAGUCUGUACAGACUGUAAAUAAAGACCAAUUUGUAAGA